CUGCAGAGUUAAUUGGUUAGAGGAGCCAGCUGAAGACUAUUUAGAGAUUGAGAUGGAGGAAGUUUGGCGGCAUGCUCACAACACACGGAGGAUGGACUCGGGCCGCGGUGGAAGUAUCUGCCGACGUUUCUUAAAUGGCUCUUGCCAGUUUGGUCCAAGGUGUAAUUAUCGUCAUGAAUGGCCAGUUAUUCCGUCAGCCCAAAUAUGUCGCUACUUUCAGAAAGGUGGAUGCUGGUAUGGUGACCAAUGCAGGUAUCUCCACGUCCUUCAGCCUGAGGUUGCUGCAGGUCGAAGAGGUUCAGUGCCGACAGUUUCCUCCUCCAGAGUGGUGUAUACUCCACCUAUCAGGAGAGGGUCAGAGCCGGUCCUGCUGCAGGCCGAGCUGACGUCCAGGCAGCUCAUUAAUGUCUCUCAUCCUCACCACAGCACCAGACACCUCUCACCACAUAUUGCUGAGGAGCAACCACAAGUCUUUCUUUCAGAUUCUGCUGCUCCGCUUACAGCUCACUCACAAUCUGUUCAGAGCUCAGAAGUUGUUCAAGCAUGUUCAUCUAAUGGAGGAAACCAACAGGAGACGUCUCCCAGGGAGUGGACGGAGGCUGGUGCUGCAGCUGCAGCCUCGGGCCCCCAGGGGAGUCCUGAGGAAACGAAGGCCUUCCUCCAGAGUAAAGACCUGACCUGUGGCAUCUGCAUGGACAAGGUGUACGAGAAGAAUACUCCAAGAAACAAGACUUUUGGAAUCUUGCCCAACUGCAAUCACUGCUUCUGUUUACAAUGCAUCAUGACCUGGAGGAAGACCAAAGACCUGGGGCCGGACGUGGUCAAGCGCUGCCCGCAGUGCAGAGUGAGGUCGGCCUUUUAUGUGCCCCACAAACUCUGGGUCGAAGGUCAAGAGAAGGAAACCCUAAUCGCCGACUUCAAAAGGAAUUUCAGUAGGAAGAGAUGCAAUUACUACACGCGCUACAGAUGCUGCCCCUUCAAGAGCGAGUGCCUCUACUGGCAUGACAAGGAGCCCUAUCGCGGCUUGUUCCCUUAUUACACAGAGGAAGAGGAUGAAAUCUGCAGACCUCUGUUUGACGCCUUCAUCGCCCUGGCGUUCUUCAAUGAAAGUAGCGACGACGACGAUGACUACGACGACUUGUGGCUUCCCAUGUGACCGGUCUGAGGAAUGUGCUUUUUGAGCUUUUUCAUUCUUUCAGUGCCUGAAACCACUGAACGGGGUCUGUUUUGGCCCCAGAAGAACACACUGUGUUUGGACCCUUCCGUCAGUAUUGAAACCUCUUCUUCUCGAGCUGGGCUGCGAGCCAUGCACCACGGACGGCCCAGCUCGUUGGUUUCUCAUCAGUCAGACUGCAGCUGGUGGUUUUACGGGCUAGCACUCGUUCAACCGGAGAGACUCUGACCGGUGGAUCACCUGUUGGCACUCCCAGGUGUGAUGCAUCUUUAAUCUGUGGCCUCCAGUCUGGAUUUAUUUCACUCUGUGGCCACAGA